UGAGAAUGAGAGAGAUAGAGAGAAGGGCAGCAGCGAGCCAGCAAUCAACAUUUUGUAUUAGUUUGGCAUAAUCCAUGGAUGUUGUGAUUGGAGUGUUGUUAUUGGUGUUCGCUUCGUCGUCUUCACCAAUCGUUACCUGCGGCAUUGAUGAACCUUAUUUCGAUGUCAUCAACUAUGGAGCCACAGAUGAUUCACAGGCAUUUGUAGAGGCAUGGGAUGCAGCUUGUAGUUCUUCACUUCAAUCUGCAACAGUAUAUGUUCCGCCGGAGACCAUAUUCCUAGUUCACCCCCUCAUCUUUCGCAGCCCUUGCAAUCCUACGUUCAUCAAUUUCUCGGAAGAUUUUAGGGACAAUGAUAGCACCAGAGUCACCAAGCUUGUGGGAUGA